AUGGCCCCGUCUACUAAACCAGCCGACGGUCGGCGGAAGUCCAGCGGCAAGACGCUCGUCGUCACGCUGAGGGUCAAUGCCGACAAGCUACGCGACAUUCUUCCCGCCAGCGACACGACGACGCCCCCUGCCGACGAGGUCAAGCAGUCCCCGGCCUCGUCCACCGACAGCAAGCCACUCCAGCCUGUCGAGAUUGAGUCGAACACCGCGACGCCGCAACCUGAUGGCACGCCUCAGCCUGGCGCCAUGGGCCCUCCUGGCGACGGCCCCAAGAAGAAGGGUGUGAAGCGUGGUGCGCAGGCCAAUGUCGACUUGUCACAGAAGCAAAAGGGCAAGCCGGGCCCUAAGAAGAAGCCGCGCCUUGAGGAUGGAACCAUCGACCACGCGGCCAAACCCGCCGCGCACAAGCUCGGCCCCAAGGCCAACCAGGGCGCCAUCAACGCCGGCCUACGCGCCCUUGACCGCACAGGCAAGCCGUGCCGCCGGUGGCAAAAGGGUGGCUUCAAGCUCAAGAGCUUCACCGGCGUCAUGUGGGAGAUUCCUCGCUGGGAGGCACCCCCCAAGAAAGCCCCCGAGUCGACGACGGAAGACUCCGCCGCGGCGUCGGCAGCCGACAGCAGCACCAAGGAGAACAAGGAGAACGCUGCCGGCGAGACGAGUGCUGCCAACAGCAACAGUGGCGUCGACGCCGAGAUGCCCAGCGCGCCCCCGAGCAACCACGCCUCGUCGCCGGCGCCCAUGACCAUCACGGCGGCCUCCUAG